CUAUGCAACAUUUCUUCAUGGCUGGAAAUCGGCUUGCAAACGGUUUGCCAUCAGGCGUUAACCAGUAUUUUAAUACAUAUAAAAACUCACUUUUUGCUGAAGUAGAAAAACAAAAAUUUCCAUACAAGAAAUUUUUUAUUCAUAGGUUGGUCUAUAUCGCAAAAUUAAACAGUGAUGAGCAUACAAUUGCAGGCCAUUAUGAGCAAUUUGUAGCUAAGAUACAGAAAAAUAACCAACCUGAAGGGAUCACUGGCCUUCUGCUUAUAUACCCUGAAUACAUAGUCCAUUUGAUAGAGACAUCAUCAGAGAUCCUGGCACUACUUUUGAAAGACCUGUGUGAUGUGGAGCAACGUGGAAACCCUCUGCUGAAGGACACAAGGGUACUGGUGGUCUCACACUGUUUGUUCAGCCGUGUGUUCACCUCCUGGGCUCCACAAAUCCUCACCAUGACCCUUAGUCUGCAAGAUAGCGAAACACAGAUUGAGCCUGAAGAACUGCUUGCCCAGAUUUAUAAACUGUGCAUCUCCAUCCAGAAAACCAAGGAUUGUAAGUCAGAGAUGCUGGAAGAACGGGCUGUCUUAAUGGUGGAGGAGGCAGUGCGCCACAUGUGUCAGAGUGCUGUCUUGCGUUCGCCCUCCGAGUUCCUGCAAGUUUACGGCAAGCCCAUCAACAUCCUCAUGGACUCAGGUUGGAGCACAAUGAUGGGCACUAGCCCAGGUCUUGGAGAUAUUUCCUCCAAGACAGUUGACAUAUCUUCAUGGAAUUUUAAGAACUUGACUUAAAGGCAAUUUUAUUUCGGUCAAGACCAGUAACAGUCCAUUAUAACAUUUAAGGAUUAGGGCUUGUUUACUGCAGUCUCUCAAAUUAGUUUUGUAGUGGAGUAGUGAAACACUGAUCGUCUAUCUGAUCUUCACCAGAAAUUGUGUGGCCAACCCAUAGUCGACUCUACUGGUAGACGGCAAUCUCAGAAGAAAGAGUCAAGAGACAGAAUUGUAUUGCUUGUAAGUUUACACUACCGAUUAAAUAAAGGCAACAAACACA